AUGGUAGAAGAUUUAACGGAAAGUUGUAGAAGAGGAGGCUUCCAUCUAACGAAGUGGGUGAGCAAUGAAAGGAAAGUUUUUGAGAACAUCCCAGAAGAUGAGCGUGCUAAAGGUGUCAAAGAUUUGAACAUCGAUAUUGAGAAGUUACCCACCGAGAGAGCACUCGGCAUGAUGUGGUCCAUAGAAGAGGAUGAGUUUGGAUUCAGAAUUCAGAUGAAGGACAAACCCCCAACAAGAAGAGGAAUUUUAUCCAUAGUAAGCUCCGUCUAUGAUCCCAUAGGAUGUGUCUCUCCAGCUGUGCUCCUAGCUAAACAACUUCUGCAAGCCAUGUGCCGAUUAAAGUUAGGAUGGGACGAAAAAAUCCCAGCAAAUCUAGAAGAGAAGUGGCAAACUUGGCAGACAGUAAUGCCAAAACUAGCAGAAUUCAAGAUGGACAGAUGCAUGAAGCCAGAAGGGUUUGAGGAUGAGCGACUCAAGUCAGUCACCGCUCAUCACUUUGCUGAUGCUAGUGAGUCAGGCAAUGGCAGCGUUUCGUACUUGAGGUUGGAGAAUGAUGAUGGAGAAGUGAAGUGCUCAUUUUUAAUGAGUAAUUUAAGAGUCGCCCUACUUAAGCAAGUAACAAUCCCAAGAAUGGAGCUGACAGCUGCAACGGUAGCAGUUCGAGUUGAUCUCAUGAUCAAAAGGGAACUUGCAAUUGAAGUGGAUGACACCUACUUUUGGACUGACAGUACAUCCGUGCUGUGGUAUAUCAACAGCGGAACAACACGUUUUAAGACAUUUGUAGCUAACAGAUUAGCAGUUAUCCUUGAUGGUUCCAACCCAACUCAGUGGCGCCAUGUUGAGUCAGCACUCAAUCCCGCUGAUGUUUGCUCUAGAGGGAAAAAUGUUGAGCAAUUUCUCCAGAUGGAAGAGUGGAAAGAUGGCCCGAAGUUUCUACAUCAGCAGGAAGAUGAAUGA